AGAAAGAAAGGAAAGAAGAGCGCCCAAACAGAAAGCAAAACCAAACCCAGGGGCAAAAAGGCCGCACCUCCACCUCCCCUCCCUCCUUCAUUUUGUCUUUUUCUGUUUUUUUUCCCCAGUCAUUCACUUUCUCAUCUUCUUGCUUCUUGUUCACAUCUUACCCCCAAGAAUCCGUUUCGUUCCUUUUUCUUUUCUUUCUUCUCGCGCUUAUUAGAGAGGUUCUUGCUCUCUCUUGGUAUUUGCUGGGCUAUCACAUUAACUCACUCUCCAGUGGUUAAAAAGCUUGGUAGAACUCUAAAUCCCAGCGCCAAAGGGAGUCAGUCAAGGCUGAGAAGAGUGCUAAGCAGACUCCUUUUAUUUUCCGAGUAAGAGGCAUGAACUAGAUCUUUUCUCCUUCCAGAUUUCGACGCAGCACUUCUCCCUUCCCCUUUUCCUUCUUCCAUUUCUCUUGUCCAUUUGGAAACUUCUGAGCUUGGGUACACCACAAAAGUAGAGUUUUUUUAAUAUGAAUUUUGUUUUGGAUGUGGUUGAUAGCUGUUCUUAGGCUGUCUAAAUCUGUUCCUGUAGUUGUAUCUCUCUUAAUUUAUCUGGUUACCUAUUUUUUGACAAGGAGAUUAUAUCUCUCUAGAUGAAGUGAAUCUUUAUUGCGCAGAGGUCAAAUCUGCUCUGCAUUUUGGGCAAACUUGUUUUCCUCCCUGCUCCAAAUUCCAAUUACUAGUUUUUGGUCACUUUCUCGCCAGUGAAUUUGUUGGGCCAUUUGAAUCUAAGAAGGAAAAAUAGUUACUUUCGACGUAGUAAUUGGGUUUAGCGAUUGCGGAUGUGGGUUGAGCGAUUGAGGGAGGAAUGUUUCUCCAUUUAUUUUAGCAGUUGUUUGGGGGUGGUGUUGAUUUUGGCAGAUUCAGAGUCUUGUUUCGUAUUAUCGUUUGUUCCCCCACCCACACUGUUUUCUUCUUUUGGUGGGUUCUUGCUGUGCCUGGCUGCCUGCCGACUUCAUCGACAAGUUUGUUAUCAUCGAAAUGGGUCUUUGCCUCAAUUGAAAUUCCUCUCCACUAUGGGGAUUUGAAUUUUUGCUCUCUUUUUAAAUCUCAAUCCUUUCUGCUCUUUCUCUCCCACCAAUUUCAUCUUUCUGUCUUUCCUCGCCACUUCCUUCCCCUUCUCUCUCUCUCUCUCCCAUCGCUGCAUCCACCUUUCGGUAACUUUCUUGCGCGACCCUCUUUGCUCUCUUAAUCCACCUCCUUUAUGGAUCGUUCUUCUUUUUGUUUUCAUUCUGCAUCAGAAGGCAAAUGCGAUUUGAUUUUUGGGUGGAGAUAUAAGAUCUUCCUUUUGAGUUCAUUUGAACAUUUCUCAUAGAGCUGACUUUGCGGGUUUUCUUUGGAAUGUAGAUGUUAUUAUCCAUGGAGGAGGGGAGUGAUUACAGGCCGUGGGAUGAGCUGAUACCAGAUGCGCUUGGUCUCAUCUUCGGCAAGCUGUGUUUGAAAGAGAUAUUAACAGUUGUUCCCAGGGUUUGCAAAUCAUGGAGCAGGGCAGUUUUAGGUCCCUAUUGUUGGCAGGAGAUUGACAUUGAGGAAUGGAGUGAAGUAUCCUUGCCAGAACAAGUCGAUCGUAUGCUCAGAAUGCUAAUCACUCGAAGCUCUCGUUCCCUCCGCAAGCUCUCUGUCACCAAUCUCCGCAAUGAUGCAAUGUUUCCUUUCCUCGCCGAACAUGCGGGUUCCCUUCAGACACUUAAGCUGCCAAGAAGCACGAUAAGCGACUCCAUAAUCGAGCAGAUUUCUGGAAGGCUCUCAAAUCUCACUUUCCUGGAUCUGAGUUACUGCAGCAAAAUUGAUGCUCGUGCCCUAGAGCUAGUUGGAAACAAGUGUAAACACCUUGAAGGACUCUGUCGGAACAUGCAUCCACUGGACAAAGCCGAUAAGGCGGUGCAAGAAGAUGAGGCCAAUGCAAUCGCCACCACGAUGCCUAGCCUAAAGCACUUGGAGAUGGCGUACCACCAGAUCAGCACCGAGAACGCUCUGAAGAUAUUAUCAAGCUGCACUGGUCUUGAGUACAUGGAUUUGAGAGGGUGUUGGGAUGUAGAGCUUGAUGACAAGUUCUUACUGGAGAAAUUUCCCAAGGUGAAGGUGUUGGGUCCGUUUGUGAUGGAUUAUUAUCAGAUGAAUAACUCGGAGGAGGAUGAGUGCUUUGAAUUCUCAGACGAGGACCUGGCAUGGGAAUUCAUACAUGGCGAGAUGGGGGGUUAUGAUUACGAGAGUUAUGAUGAGAUGUGGGAUGAUGAUGAAGGAAGGCUGGAGGAGCUGGAGCUAAGGUUUUAUGAAGGGAUUCAGGAUGCUGGAUUGUACGGUUGGCCUCCCUCUCCCUAGUAGUGUGCAGUAUUGAUUAUAGCCUUUGCUUGCCGAGUCAAUAGUUCUAGGUUGUGUAAGCUUUUUCAUCUCUGCUCUGUGUAACCCUAGGAAAAUAUGGCAUAAUGUCUCUCUUGUAAAAGUUCCUGCAUCAUAAACUCAGUGGAUACUACAAAUAUAAGUGUAGUUUGUUGUAUUCUAAGUGUGUUGUUACUGUUUUGUUUCUGGUAAUCGUGAAUGAUAGAGAAGCUCAUGGGAACAUUUGUCCUUAGUCCAGACUGCCACUGAAUUUCAACCCUCCCUAGGCAGCUGUUUCAUUGUUGUGGGAAAUGGAGGUUGGGGUAUAGCAAAUGAUAUUUAUGUGAUGGAGAUGGAGCAGGUGGGACUAGCUAGUAGCUAGGUGGGUACAUAGGCUCAUUGAAAUCUUGAAAACUGGUGCC